AACAACAACAUCAAAAUGCCAGCUAAGACUAAGAAAUCCACUGAAAGCAAGGAUAAGACCAAGGAAACCAAGAAGGACAAGGUUACCAAGAAGACUACAAAGGCUUCCGGUGAUGGUGAAGAAGGUGAAAAGGACGACAAGAAGAAGAAGUCUAGACAUGAAUCCUACUCUUCAUAUAUCUACAAGGUCUUGAGACAAGUCCACUCUGAUAUUGGUAUUUCCACCAAGGCUAUGUCUAUCAUGAACUCUUUCAUCCAAGAUAUCUUUGAAAGAAUUGCCAAUGAAGCUGCUCAAUUGUGUAGAGUCAAUGGUACUAAGACUUUGUCUUCUCGUGAAAUCCAAACUGCUGUCAGAUUGAUCCUUCCAGGUGAAUUGGCUAAGCACGCUGUUUCUGAAGGUACCAAGGCUGUUACCAAGUAUCAAACUUCAUCAGGAAAGACUGCUCCAAAGAAGAGAGAGAAGAAGGAAAAGAAGGAAAAGUCUGAAAAGGCUACUGAAAGCAAGUAAAUUGCUAUUGGUAAAAUCCAUCAAUACACACAAAAACAACCCUAGGCAACUGUACAAAUUAACUUAUAUAAACAUACAAAAUUCUU